AUUUUGCUCUUCCUCCGCGCAUGUCAAUUGCACGUGUCUGGACUGCGGGUCUUCGUGCUACGUGGUGUCCGCCUCUUGAGGUUUAUUUUUUUAGACUAUUAAACAAUUAAAAUUAUUUCUGAGUCAUCACACGUUGAUUUAAAAUGGGGGGACUGCAAAAAAAGAAGUAUGAGAGUGGCGCCGCCACUAAUUAUAUCACCAGAAACAAAGCCCGCAAGAAAUUGCAACUGAGCCUCCCAGAUUUCAGACGACUGUGCAUCCUCAAAGGCAUUUACCCUCACGAACCCAGACACAAGAAGAAAGUAAACAAGGGCUCCACAGCCCCAAGGACUUUCUACCUGCUCAAAGACAUUCGCUUUCUUCUGCAUGAGCCCAUAGUGGGGAGAUUCAGAGACUAUAAGGUAUUUGUUCGCAAACUCAAGAGAGCUUAUGGAAAGACCGAAUAUUCUGCAGUGCAAAGGCUAAAGGACAACAAGCCAACCUAUAAAUUGGAUCACAUUGUCAAAGAAAGGUAUCCCACCUUCAUUGAUGCUCUGCGUGAUAUUGAUGAUGCACUCUGCAUGUGCUUCCUCUUCUCCACGUUUGCUCGAACAGGAAAAUGCCAUGUACAAACCAUACAGCUGUGUCGACGCCUCACUGUAGAGUGGAUGAACUACUUGGUUGCCUCUCGUGCCCUCAGAAAGGUUUUCAUCUCCAUCAAGGGAAUAUAUUACCAAGCUGAGGUAAUGGGGCAGAUAAUUACAUGGCUGGUGCCCUAUCAAUUCGCCCAUGAUCAUCCAACAGAUGUUGACUACAGAGUCAUGGCAACUUUCACAGAGUUGUACACAACUCUCUUGGGUUUCAUCAACUUCCGACUCUACCAUUCCCUCAACCUUGUUUACCCACCAAAGCUUGGCGAUAAAACGGAUCAAGAACCAAAUUGUAAGGAUGAGGAGGACUAUGCCAUGAAUUCAGAAAGCUACUUGGAGAAACUUUCUGCUUUGAGUGCCAGUCUGGCCCGGGCUGUUUCUGCUGCGGAUGAAGAGGAGACUCAACUGGAUCACUUUCCUGUUGAUGAGGAGGACAUGGAAAAGAUGGAAGCAAGAGAAAAAGAACAGAAGCAACAGGAAGCCCACACAAAGAUAUUUGAGGGCUUGAAGUUCUUCCUAAACAGAGAAGUUCCCAGAGAGUCUCUGGCUUUUGUUAUUAGGUGUUUUGGUGGCGAGGUGUCAUGGGAGAAGUCUGUCUGCAUUGGGAGCACAUACGACAUUACCGAUGAGACAAUCACACAUCACAUUGUCGACAGACCCAGCAUUGACAAACCUUAUAUUAACCGGUACUACAUCCAGCCUCAGUGGGUAUAUGACUGCAUCAAUGCCAAACUACUCCUCCCUGUGGAGGACUACUUCCUCGGAGUCACUCUUCCACCCCACCUGUCUCCCUUCGUAGAGGAGAAGGAUGGAGAUUAUGUGCCUCCAGAGAAACUAAAGAUGUUGGCCUUGCUAAGAGGAGAGAAACCUGCGAAAAAUGAGGAAGAGGAGAGUGAAGAAGAAGAAGAAGAGGAGGCGGAAGAAGAAGAAGAGGACAAUGCUGAGGAGGAAGAGGACGAGGAGGAAGAGAAAAACCUGCAGAAGAUGGAGGAGCAAAGAGCCCAGGGCAAAUCUCUACAGGUCAAAGUGACACCUGGAAAAGUGAAGGUAGAGAACCGAGCUAAACAGGAGCAGGAAGAAAAAGCUGAGGAGAAACGCCUGGCUGUCAUGAUGAUGAAGAAAAAAGAGAAGUAUCUCUACGACAAGAUCAUGUUUGGAAAGAGGAGAAAAGUCAGAGAGGCAAACAAGCUCACACAGAAGAGGAAAGCGUAUGACGACGCUGAAAAGGCAAAGAAGAAAAAGGCAAAAAAAUGAAUUAUGUCAUAUUUCUUUUAAGACUAUUCAACUUCAAGAGUUUGGCUGACAUGUUCUAAAGCCCAUUUAGUGCAUUUAAGGUCCUCUUAGUGAGUGUCACAUAACUGAUGUUGUGGGUACAUCAAUAUCUGCAAGGUAAUAUAUGCUGAAUGUGUAAUUAUUGACGAACAUGUACGGUAGCUUGCUUGUCUGCGUUUUCUUGUAACUUCUCUUUGCUAGAAUGUUGCAACAAUUGUUUCGUAUGAUCAAGCAACCAUUAACAAAUGUAAUUCUAGAUAAUA